AGGGGUAAGAAAAUUAUAAGGUCAUAUGAAUUAGAGCGUCGUUAAAAUGGAGAUGCGGUGACGGGAGAUGUUGAACGGAGGGAUGAAUUAAAACGGGGAGAGCAGUUCAGCUGGAUCCAUUCUAAUAUAAACGCGGAGGAGGGGGCUCGGCUGAGCGGGAUCGGCGUGUGUGGAAACAGGGAAACGCGUGAAGAGAAGGAGGUUUCUCUGCUAAAGCCGAUCAAGGUGGGAUUGAGGCAGCCAGUAUCUGCCACCAUACGCACAAGUCAGUGACUGCGGACACGGAAAACGAGGAUGUUGCGGUUGGGAUGCUCCACAGCCCUCCUCUUUGUGCUCAGGCUGCUCUUUGGCUUGCCCUGGCUUCAGGUCCUUCCUGCCAUCCUGAUCUUCUUCUUCGGCACUGGAGGAUGGAAGUCCCUCCGUGUGUUCAUGAAAACUAUCGGCCGGGAUGUGCAUGCAGCUGGCGUGCUACUGAAGGUGAAGCUCAACGUAAGGCGGCACUUGCGCCAACACAACACUUUGCCCAAGAUCUUUGCUGAGACGGUGCAAAAAUACGGUGACAAGACAGCACUGAUCUUUGAGGGGACGGGUGAGAAGUGGAGCUUCAGGCAGCUGGAUGAGUAUUCAAACCGUGUGGCCAACCUGUUCUACCAGUGCGGCUUCAGGGAGGGAGAUGUCGUGGCCCUGUUCAUGGAGAACCGCUCGCAGUACGUUGGGCUGUGGCUGGGCAUGGCCAAAAUAGGAGUGGAAGCAGCUCUCAUUAACUUCAACCUGCGACUGGAGGCCUUGGUGCACUGCGUGAACAUCUCCAACUCAAAGGCAGUGGUGUUUGGCAGUGAGCUGACCGAUGCAAUGUGUGAAGUGCACAGCUAUAUGGGGAAGACAGUGAAACUCUUCUGUUCUGGAGAUUGGGAUCCUAAACGUGUUCCUGUAGGAACAGAGUGCCUUGAGCCGCUCAUAGCGAGCUCCCCUGCACACAAGCCCAGCCCACCACAGCGUGGAUUCACAGAUCGUCUCUUCUAUAUAUACACAUCUGGAACUACUGGGCUGCCCAAAGCUGCUAUUGUAGUGCACAGCAGGUAUUACCGUAUGGCUGCUCUUGUUUAUUACGGUUUCAGGAUGAGGUCGGAGGACGUGCUGUAUGAUUGCCUUCCACUUUACCACUCGGCAGGUAACAUUGUGGGUGUUGGUCAGUGUCUGAUUCAUGGCAUGACCGUUGUCAUCAAGAAGAAGUUUUCUGCAUCAAAAUUCUGGGAUGACUGCAUCAAAUACAACUGCACUAUCGUGCAAUACAUCGGAGAGAUCUGCCGGUAUCUGCUGAACCAGCCAGUGCGGGAUACGGAGCAGCAGCACCGCGUGCGCAUGGCGCUGGGAAACGGCCUCCGCCAGUCUAUCUGGGAGGAGUUCAUGCAGCGCUUCAACGUGCCCCAGAUCGCUGAGUUCUACGGAGCCACGGAGUGUAACUGCAGCCUCGGCAACUUUGACAACCAGACUGGUGCCUGUGGCUUCAACAGCCAGAUCCUCCCCUAUGUCUACCCCAUCCGGCUGGUCAGAGUGAAUGAGGAGACCAUGGAGCUCAUCAGAGGACCAGAUGGAGUGUGUAUACCGUGUGGUCCAGGUGAGCCUGGUCAGCUGGUGGGCAGAAUCAUUCAGAAUGACCCCUUAAGACGCUUCGAUGGUUACGUGAACCAAACAGCCACCAAUAAAAAGAUUGCACAAAGUGUCUUCAAGAAAGGAGACAGUGCCUACCUGUCAGGAGAUGUGCUGGUGAUGGAUGAGUACGGCUACAUGUACUUCAAAGAUCGAACAGGAGACACGUUCCGCUGGAAGGGAGAGAACGUGUCCACCACUGAGGUGGAGGGCACACUGAGCCGUCUGCUGGACAUGAAGGACGUGGUGGUGUAUGGCGUGGAGGUGCCAGGUGCGGAGGGAAAAGCUGGCAUGGCAGCCAUUGCAGACCCGGACAACACCACAGACCUGGAGAGGUUCAGCAGGGAGCUGGAGAAGGCCCUGCCUGUGUACGCACGGCCCGUGUUCCUGCGCUUCCUGCCAGAAGUCAACAAGACAGGGACCUUCAAGUUCCAGAAGACGGACCUGCGUCGAGAGGGCUUUGACCCAUCCGUGGUGUCCGACAGGCUGUGUUUCCUGGACUGCAGUAAGGGAUGCUACGUGGAGCUAAAUGCAGAACUCCACCGUAGCAUCGUCUCAGGAAAGCAAAAACUGUGAGGCCACUGCCGACCCCGCCACUUCCUCAUAAAACCCCCGCCUUCUCC